CGUUAAUAUUAAUCAAAUACGUGAAACUUUUCAAACUGAAACUGAAAAAGUCGAAAAAGAUAUAUCAGCUCUUAAAAAUGACAUUAAUCAAAUACGUGAAUCUCGACAGGAACAUCUUUCUCAAGCAGGUUCAAAUCUGUCUUUAACUACAAAUCGUAUAAGCACAAUAGACCAUUCCGAUACGGAAACGCUUCGGAAUGACUUUAAAGCUCUUGUCAACCAAAGAAGCAAAAGGGAAACAAGAGGAUACUUCACUCCAAUGCUUAAUGCUUUAACUGCAGAGAUUAGGCUUAGCUUUUCUUGCAUGUAUAAGUUUUAUAGUGGUAUAACAAAAAAACCAAGAACAACUACAUUGUAUGAACUUAGGAAAUGG